AAAGAAUUCAAAUCAUGAAGUUCACCAUUGCUUUCGCCGUGUUGGUCCUCGUCUGCAGAGCGCAAGCUCGAGCAGUCGAAGACGACGACGAUGUCGGGGAAAGAAGUAUGGUCAAGGACCAGCUGAAAGUCUUAAUCGACUAUCUGACGUCUACCUUGGAGCCAGCCCUGAUCGAGACUCAGAAAGAAGUCGAUCAAGUUGUUAAGCAAAUGGAAAACGCAACGUUGGAGGCCUCAAAACUGUACUACAAGCAUAAAACAGAAAUCAAAGACUUGCAGGAUAUCCAAACGAAAGGACUACAAGAUUUAGCCGUCGGACUAAAGUAUCUCGAUGUAGAUAUCUCCGAAUGCCGGGAUAAGAUCAUCCGCCAAAACGUGAAAUUCACCCGAAUCAGUAACCGUCUGAAGAAAUGCAUCGAUGACAGUACGUCCAUAUACCUGAAGCCCGCCAAAGAGUCCCUCAAGACGCUCAACGAGACCAUCGUUGUCAUCAACGAGCAAGCCAAGACGGCCAACAAGUGCAUCGACGAGGCCACCCUCUUCACAUCGUUCUCAGCGGCCAAGUGCUUGACCACCGCCCAACUUUCCGCGGACGUGGCUUGGCUGAAGGCACCGGGACAGAUCGAUCUGUCGGGUCUCAAGUGGGAGUAUAGCGUUCUGUUGAAUAAAUUGACCGAGUGCCAAAAGCAGGAGGCUUACGAAGACCUCAGGGCGGAAAUCGAUUCGACCGACAGAGAAGUGAAAAAUUGCGUCAUCGAUUUGGUCCAGCGGAAGCGAGUCGCGUGAGAGUCGCGAAAAAGCUGCCGCGCGCACAAGUUGUAUAGAUCGAUACCCAUGACACAAGCAUCGAAUCGAGGAAUCGCUUGUAAUUCGUAUAUUUUCGAUAGGCUAAUAAUAUAAUGAAAGAUAAAAAAUUAAUGAGCAACUGCGUGAGAACAGCUGCGAGGUGUAAAACUGCUUUA